CCCACACACGGUAGAGCUCAAGCUCACAUUCUCGCUAGUGGCCACUGCUCAUCCGGCGAUCAAAAUGGAAGGCGGCGCUGUCGACAUCAUCUCCCGGCGCAUGGUCAAGCCGGAGCAUCAAAAGGGCUCACGGCCGCCGGAGCCUGAGACCGUCCACCUGACGCCAUGGGACCUGCAGCAGCUCCCCGUGGACUACGCCCAGAAAGGCGUCCUCCUGCCCAAGCCUCCGGCCAGCGUGCACGCCGUCGAACACCUUGCGUCGUCCUUUGCACGCGCCUUGGGCCGCUUCUACCCACUCGCCGGCCGCUUCGCCGUCGCACCGGUGGCCAAAGACGGCGACGGGAAGCUACCGGGCCUGACGAUCUCGCUCCGCUGCGGUGACGAAGGCGCCGAGUUCGUCCACGCCGUGGCACCCGGGGUCACCGUUGCUGACAUCACCGGCACGGUUUUCAUCCCGCGUGUGGUCUGGUCCUUCUUCCCUCUCAACGGAAUGGUCUGCGCCGACGCCGUCGUGGACCCCAGCCUGCCGAUCCUGGCCGCGCAGGUCACCGAGCUCGCCGAUGGCCUCUUCAUCGCCAUGUCGCUCAACCAUGCCGCCACCGAUGGGACCACGUUCUGGGAUCUGCUCAACGCAUGGUCGGAGAUCAGCCGCCACGGCGGCUCCGGCAACAGAGACAUCCCCACGGUUCCCCCACCCAAGGCCAAGAGGUGGUUCAUCGAGGGCUGCACCGUGCCGGUCCCUCUCCCCUUUGCCAAGGUGGAGGACAUCGGCAGGCGGUCCGAGUCCCCGCCGGCAGUGCAUGAAUGCUCGAUCCAUUUCACCCCGGAGAGCGUGAAGAAGCUCAAGGCGAAAGCGAACGCUGAGAUGGCGGCCGGCACCACCACCAUCUCCUCGUUGCAGGCGGUGCUCGCGCACCUGUGGCGGGCCACGUGUCGGGCACGGGAGCUCGCGCCGAACCAGGAGACGACGUGCUUGCUCGCCGUCGGGUGCCGGACACGCCUGAAGGGCAUGCCGCCGGUUUACGUGGGCAACGCGGUGUCGAGCGCCGCCGGCAAGGCCGCAGUCGGCGAGAUUCUGGGCGACGACCGGCUGGGAUGGGCGGCUUCACUUCUGAACAGGGCCGUGGCUACGGUGGACGAGGCGGGCCUGAGGGAGAAGCUCGCGGCGUGGCAUGGAAACCCCAGCUUCAAGCCCUUGGCCGGCCGUUUUCCUCCCGAGGCGGUGGUGGUCACCGGCUCGCCGCGGUUCGACGUGUACGGCAACGACUUCGGGUGGGGCAGGCCGGUGGCCGUCCGGAGCGGCGGCGGGAACAAGAUGGACGGGUAUGUCACGGUUUAUGAGGGCAGACAUGAUGUUGGCGGAGGAAGAGGGGGCAUGGAGCUGCAGGUGUGCCUCGCCCGGCCGGAUGUGCUCGCCAGGCUCGUCGCCGACGAGGAGCUGAUGAACCCGUCGGUCUAGGACGACAAGGGCAGAGAGUCUGCUAUUUUGUUCCUUU